AUGGCAGACUUCAAGCUAUCCGCCCAGCUGUCUGGCCACGACUCAGACGUCAAGGCGGUGUUCUUCCCCUCUCCCCAAACCCUUCUAUCUGCCUCGCGAGAUGGCAGUGUACGAGUCUGGCGCCAAACAUCUGGUCCCCCUCCCACUUUCGAAGCUUCAAUCUCAAGUCAAACGUCCGAAUUCGUCAACGCCGUCACGUACCUCCGACCCUCCGAAACAUACCCGGAUGGACUGAUUGCCUCUGGUGGCAAGGACACCAUCGUCGAAGUCAAGCAACCCCAAGCUGCCCCCAGCGACAAUGCCGAGAGACUUUUGAUUGGGCACUCCCAGAACGUCUGCACUCUCGAUGUGUCUCCCAAGGGAUCCUACAUCGUGUCGGGCGGUUGGGAUGCCCAGGCCAUUGUCUGGAACAUUAGCACCUGGGAGCCUGAGAUCCGUCUCAGCGGCCACGACAAGAGUGUGUGGGCUGUGCUUGCUCUCGACGAGGACACAGUAGUCACAGGCUGCGCCGACACGAGCAUUCGUAUUUAUAACCUACGCUCCGCUAUCGCCGGUGACGCUGAACCGCAGUCAAUUAUCCACACGCCCGAGGUUAUCCGCGCUCUCGCCAAGGUUCCCAAGGGCCACCCUAGUGGAGCUGAUAUCGCAAGUGCCAGCAACGAUGGCAUCAUCCGGUUGUGGAAGUUGAACGGUCAGCAAGUUGGGGAGCUCCUUGGCCACGAGAACUUCAUUUACGCACUGACAAGUCUCCCCUCGGGCGAAUUAGUCAGCUCUGGAGAGGAUCGCACCGUACGGAUAUGGAAGGGCAACGAGUGCGUUCAGACCAUCACACAUCCGGCCAUCUCGGUCUGGGCGGUGGCCGCGAACCAGGAGUCUGGCGACAUCGUAACGGGAGCCAGCGACGGUGUUGCGCGUGUAUUCACUCGCAGUUCUGAGCGGGCAGCCAGCCCAGAGGCCAUCUCCGCAUUUGAGGAGUCGGUAAAGGUUUCAGCUAUUCCUCAACAGCAACUGCCAGAUAUCAACAAGGAGAAGCUCCCUGGUCCCGAGUUCCUCCAGUCUAGGUCGGGUACCAAGGAAGGUCAGGUGCAGAUGAUUAACGAGGGAAAUGGCCUGAUCACUGCCCACCAAUGGUCUCAAAGUCAACAGCAAUGGAUCAAUAUUGGCACUGUAGUUGACUCCGCUGGAAGCAGCGGAAAGAAGACGGAGUACAAUGGCAAGUCUUACGACUACGUUUUCGAUGUUGACAUUGAGGACGGCAAGCCGCCGUUGAAGCUGCCUUACAACCUGUCGCAAAAUCCAUACGACGCAGCAACAAAGUUCCUCAAUGACAACGAGCUUCCUCUUAGCUACUUGGACAACGUGGCUGGUUUCAUCACCCAAAACACCCAAGGCGCCACUCUGGGCCAGUCAGCACCAUCAGGGGGUGCCGAUCCCUAUGGCACGGAGUCGAGAUACCGCCCUGGCGAGUCUGAAUCCGCAGCGCCGAAGCUGCUGCCGCAUACCGAGUACCUCUUCAUCACAGCUGGCAAAUAUGAUGCCAUGGUGAACAAAAUUCUAACAAUCAACGCGAACAUGAUUUCGUCCGGUCGCAAGGACGCCGCCCUGAACCCCAACGAGCAAAGCAUACUCAAGGCUGUCAAGGAAGCCAUUGAAUCUUCGAAGCCCGUCAGCCAAGAAGGCAUCGAUCUCGCAGUCAAGAUUGUGACACACUGGCCCUACGCCGAGCGACUCGCUGGCCUGGAUCUGCUACGAUGUGUUGCUCCGGCACCUCUUGCUGCUGACCUUGCAGCCCCAGGUGCAUCCUUUCUCAAGAUUGCUGCAACCAGCGCUCUCGAGGCAACAGACGGUGCCACGCCGAACGAGAAUUCUGCCAUGAUGGCACUCCGUGCAUUCGCCAACAUCUUCAGCUCGCCCAAGGGCCGAACACUAGCGGCAAAGGAGGCUCCUCUGGCCGCGAGUGUUCUCGAGCGAGUGCUCGGUAUUUCUGGCGGUGCACCAAUCGGACCUUCCAAUCGCAAUGUCCUAGUUGCUGCGACCACCACCCUGAUCAACUAUGCCGUGCUCGCCUCUAAGGAGAAGUCUACACAAGAGUCGAAACGUUUCAUCCAGGCCCUCGGAAAGAUUCUCUCUACGCAAUCCGACGCGGAGGUUGUCUACCGGGCGCUUGUCGCGUUGGGAACGUACACUUCUACCAACAAGGCCGAGGUGAAGUCUCUGGGUGGCGAGGGCUGGAUCAAGGGGGCCAUUGACAGGGUAUCGGAACCACGCGUGAAGCAUGUGGGACAGGAGGCCCUCCAGCAGUUGUAA